AUGGGUCCGUAUCUAUCUAUCUAUCUAUCUAUCUAUCUAUCUAUCUAUCUAUCUAUCUAUUAUGGUAUGUACAAUUGCUCAUUUUCAUAUAAUCAAAUACGUAUUAAUUUAAUUGUAAAUUACACAUCUAUCUAUCUAUCUAUCUAUCUAUCUAUCUAUCUAUCUAUGUUAGUCUUUUCUUGUUUGUCUAUUCAGAUCUGUCAGCCUCAAUCUAUUCUUUUAUAUAGCCACAUGGUUCAUGGUAUGAGUGAUCCGCACCAGGUGCCUUCAUUCCAUUUUCUUUCGCAUCGUACAUCAGAUCAAAAGACGAGACGCCUUGAUGUUUUUUCUUCUUUUUUCUUCUCUCUAUCAAAAGACAAUUUUGCUAUUUGCAAUUUUACAGAUUUCUUCUCGAAAGUUCCGUACUUCUUCUGUUUCCCGAGAACGAAUAUUGGAACAUUUCUCAAGAGUCAGUUAAUUGUUUUUGUUGAUAUUCCCUAUUUUAUCCACGCCGAGGACAACACAUAA